CACGUGCCCAUCCCAACCUCCUCCAGGCCCGCUUCUUCGUAGCUUGGUACGUAACAGCUCCUCCUCAACCCUCCCACCAUGUUGUCCCGCAGCCUUCUGUUUUUGCUGGCAUCUUCAGUUCGCCUCGGGGCGGGUCAAGAUUCUGGAUAUCAACAAGCCUCAGGGGAAGCCUGUUGCGAUGCUCUCCGCAAUGAGCUGCCAUCCUCAGUGGGAGUCUUCGCACGCGGUACUUCCGAAUAUAACGCUCGACAUCAAACCUAUUACUCUCUCCAGCAGCAGGAGCUGUUUCCGACAUGCACAGUCAAGCCGAACACUGCCUCGGACGUUUCUCAAAUAUUGCGGGUUGCGGAGGCUCACAAAUGCCCAUUUGCGGUCGCUUCUGGUGGCCAUAUGUCAUGGAAAGGGUCUUCCAACAUCGACGGAAAUUUCGUUAUCGAUUUGAGGGCCUUGGACCAGAUCGAUAUCUCUCCCCAGGACCAAACGGUCAAGUUGGGGCCUGGUUUACCUUGGAUAAACGUUUACGCUGCCCUGGCUCCAUUCAACAUAUCCACCACUGGAGCUCGAAACAACUUCGUUGGUGUCGGUGGUUUCCUUACAGGAGGCGGUAUAACUUUCGAGUCUAUUACCAAGGGUUUCGGCGCAGACAACGUGUUCCAGUACGAGGUUGUCCUUGCGAACGGAUCCAUAGUCAGUGUGAACAAAGACACGAACGCGGAUCUGUUCUGGGCAUUGAAGCUCGCCGGCACAAAUUUCGGUAUCGUCACCCAGUACGAGAUGACCACAUUCCCGUCACCUGUAAUAUGGGGAGCUGUCAGCGCGUACCCCAUCACCGAUCAAAGCACGUCAGACCUUCUGAGAGCCUUCGAGGCGUACGGACACGAUGACACAAACACCAACACUUUCCAAUCCGUCUCUUUUGCUUCAGUAGGCGGCGUAGACAUGCUUUCAGUCGUUCAGUGCACUCUCGAUGGCGUUCCUCAGGGCCCUCUCACAUCCGUGGAACCCAUUUCUCAUUCGGAGUUGGUGGGCAGCACUCAUGAUGUUAUCAAUCAAGUUAUCCAAGGCGCACUUGCACCCACGGCUCGGACUCAUUGGUAUACCUUCACGACUCGGAUUAAUACUCCGUUUUUCAAGGAUAUGCGUGCAAAAGCGGACGAAAUCUUUACGCCGUUGAACGACCGGGAUGGCCUUACUUGGGCCAUCGGUUUCCAAGCCCUUCAGAAGAGUUUCAUCGCACGAACUGCUGGCUCCCCGGUUUUCAAUGCUUUGACGCAGGCGAACGAUGAUCUUGUCUUUAUCCUUCUCCUUGUCACUUGGGAUGAUCCCGCAGAUGAACUUGUCAUGAGGAAUGCCACCAACGCCCUUGGCGCUUGGGGUGAGGCUGAGGCAGAGAGGCGUGGUGUACUGAGCCAGUUCGUAUACCUGAACUAUGCAAAUGAGGAGCAGCGUAUAUACGAACGUGCGGUUACGAAGGAGGACUUGGAUAGGUUGCGGACGGUGCAAAAGACGUAUGAUCCGUCAGGAACAUUUGUGAAGUUGUGGAAGGGUGGCUAUAAGAUACCGGCGGCGGGCUAUCACGGUGCUGAGACCGACACUGGAGUCGUGGAGGAGCAGGGUCAUGAUGAGCUGUAAGAUAGAUCUACUCUUGUUUUUUGAUGCGAUCGCCUUUAGAACGUUGGUCUUGACUUUUCUAUUUCAUCCAGGCAUGGCGCACGGAGUGACGAGCUAUAGUGUUGUGAUGUUAUCAUCAUAGGACCCCGCUUCUAUUCGGUUUCUUGGAAAUCCUGGAAACGAAUCACAAAAGCCUAGGCAAAAGCCCCUAGGCGUCGAUCACUUAACGGGAGGAUCGAAGAUUGGUUUUUGACCUUUCGAAAUCCUGGCGGGUCUCCUACUGAUGCACCAUGAUGAGGACGCAACUUGAAAUCGCCUACGUAAAUAUCGUGGGAGACCGUCCGACGGAAUCCUUACUUCGCCUCAUUGGCUCAGCCGGGAGCGCUGUUCGCACAACUCGUCCCCGUCCAACACCCACCCUCUCGGACACUCUACAACCCUUAUUCCUAUGCCCUUUGUGGAGAAACUUAACAAUGUGAGUCGCGAAGGCACUGCAGUUCAAUUUCUGUCCCACUAGUAAUACGCACGACUUCAAUAUAUUGACAUUAUCCGUGCCACCACAAGGAAUCCUUCAAAUCGCGGUACUACUUUCUGUUCUGAUAUUUCCG